GGAUAGUUUACGCAGCUCCUACGAGUUUAGUCGUUAACGUGCCCGGUUUUCUCCUAAAGGAUCGUCCGCCACCUUAUGUGACUUCGAUUACUGGGGUAAAAUUAGCGGAAGGCUGUGUGUCGUGGCGCGGGCUGAUGACGUCAUUGGUGGCCGCCCGGGUGGUGGUGGAGGAGCUGCUUCUGGUACUGCUGGAGGCCUUCAUCUGAUUCACACCCGAUUGUAUCUGAGCGCUGAGGCAGGCCGUGCUGGGUGGAAGCCCCGGGGCCCGGGAUACAGCAGCCAGGAGAGAGGGGCAGGCUGAGGCCACAGCGGAGCUCAUACAAUGACAUCCAGGAGAUGGUUCCACCCGAAUAUCACAGGUGUUGAGGCAGAAAACCUUUUGUUGACCCGUGGUGUUGAUGGUAGUUUUCUGGCUCGGCCCAGUAAGAGUAACCCAGGAGACUUCACACUCUCCGUCAGGCGGAAUGGUGCAGUCACACACAUAAAGAUCCAGAACACUGGGGAUUACUAUGAUUUGUAUGGAGGGGAAAAAUUUGCUACUCUUGCUGAGUUAGUUCAGUAUUAUAUGGAACACCAUGGACAACUUAAGGAAAAAAACGGAGAUGUUAUUGAGUUGAAAUAUCCUUUGAACUGCGCUGAUCCCACAUCUGAGAGGUGGUUUCACGGUCAUCUCUCCGGGAAAGAGGCGGAGAAGUUGCUAACUGAGAAGGGCAAACAUGGAAGCUUUCUGGUGCGUGAGAGCCAAAGUCACCCUGGAGAUUUUGUCUUGUCUGUCCGCACGGGUGAUGACAAAGGAGAGAGCAAUGAUGGCAAGUCCAAAGUGACACAUGUCAUGAUACGGUGCCAGGAUCUCAAAUAUGAUGUUGGAGGUGGAGAGAAAUUUGAUUCUUUGACAGACCUGGUGGAGCAUUAUAAGAAGAAUCCAAUGGUUGAAACACUUGGAACAGUUCUGCAACUCAAACAGCCUUUGAAUACAACACGUAUAAAUGCAGCAGAAAUCGAGAGUCGAGUGAAGGAGCUAAGUAAACUUGCUGAAACUGCUGAUAAAUUUAAGCAAGGCUUUUGGGAAGAGUUUGAGACUUUGCAGCAGCAGGAAUGCAAACUGCUAUACAGCCGUAAAGAGGGGCAACGACCUGAAAACAAGAAUAAAAACCGUUAUAAGAAUAUCUUACCUUUUGAUCACACAAGGGUCAUCCUUCAUGAUGGAGAUCCUAAUGAACAGGUUUCCGAUUACAUCAACGCCAAUACCAUAAUGCCUGAAUUUGAAACAAAAUGCAACAAUUUAAAACCCAAGAAACGUUAUAUUGCUACUCAGGGCUGCCUACAAAAUACAGUGAAUGAUUUCUGGAGAAUGGUUUUCCAAGAAAACUCCAGAGUUAUCGUCAUGACAACUAAGGAAGUAGAACGAGGCAAGAGUAAAUGUGUAAAGUAUUGGCCGGAAGAAUAUGCACUAAAAGAGUAUGGCGUAAUGCGAGUGAGAAAUGUCAAAGAAACACCAGCUCAUGACUACAUAUUAAGAGAACUUAAACUUUCGAAAGUAGGGCAAGGUAACACUGAGAGAACUGUAUGGCAAUACCAUUUUAAAACCUGGCCAGAUCAUGGAGUGCCCACCGAUCCUGGUGGUGUCCUAGACUUUUUAGAAGAAGUUCAUCACAAGCAGGAUAGUAUACCUGAACCUGGGCCAGUAGUUGUUCACUGCAGUGCAGGAAUAGGACGUACAGGCACUUUUAUUGUGAUUGAUAUUCUCAUCGAUGUCAUCCGAGAAAAAGGUGUUGACUGUGAUAUUGAUGUACCCAAAACUAUUCAGAUGGUAAGAUCCCAGAGAUCAGGAAUGGUUCAGACAGAAGCACAAUACAGGUUUAUAUACAUGGCUGUACAGCAUUAUAUAGAAACUUUACAGCGCAGAAUUGAAGAAGAGCAGAAAAGUAAAAGAAAAGGACACGAAUACACAAAUAUAAAAUACUCCCUUUCUGAGCAGACAGCGGGGGAUCAGAGCCCACUGCCACCUUGUACCCCUACACCGUUACCUACGCCCACUCUUCCAGACAUGCGAGAAGAUGCUGGUAGAGUCUACGAAAAUGUGGGUCUUAUGCAACAGCAAAAAAGCUUCAGAUGAAGAUAAACCACUGCAUCUCCACCACAGAAUGAAUCCUAUUUUGAGAAAAGGCAGACGAAUAUGAAGAAGGAUUGGGACACAAAAGACCUGGCUUUGCCCAUUUAUACAAUUGGUCUGAAAUCCCUGUACAGUUAAAUUUAUUAAGUAUUCAAGAACUUUUGGAAAACCUUAUUCCUUUCUAUAUCACUAAAGUUUCAAACUGGUUCACUCUUCACAAUGAAGCAUCUUGAUUUCUACAGUUUUAUCUUGUGGAGCCCUUCAAAAAAGACUAUCCAGAAGCUGAACUGUUCUUUUUUUCUUUAGAGCGCCCCCUGAUUUCAAAGUGUUAACAGCACACUGGGUGCACUUUAUUCAUUGGCAACGUGAAGUCAUAAGGUGAAUGCUUACAUUUGAAUGGGAACAAUUUUUUUCUCCACAGUACAAACUGUGACCAUGGCCAUUACUCAUUUACACUUUCUGGUUUGUCUCCAUAACUGUGUAGUCUUUCCUAUAGAUCCAAAGCUAAUGUGGAUAUGCUUUAAACAUGAAUAUCUGCAUUCUUAGCACUCACACAGUAUAAUGGUGCUUUCCUUUUCUGUUCUGACUUAAGAGACUUUCUUAGUAGAUCAGGGAGCCUGAUAGGACUAUUGUAUGGACAGAUUGUUUAUGCUUAGUGCCAAUUGUAACGUAGUCAUUAGAAUGUAACUGAUGCAGAUCUUAUGUAUUCUGAUUUUAUGUCUUGAUCAUAGCACAGGUAUGCCAGGUGUAGAGAUACAGUGAAACACAAUGAAAGCAUUGACAUGCACUUUACAAAUGGUUAAAUGUUAAACCUGUUUUGCAUUUUGGGGACAGGCAAGGCAGUCAUGCCCUUUUAUCUUCUGCUUGGCUAACCAGUGGGGAGGAAUGUCUUACACCACCCGUUUCUUAAAUCAGAAUUUUUUCAGUAAAAUCACUCCUUGCGCACGAGCAGUGUUUUCAGUAGUAAGGGCCGCUCUCAUAAAGCCCCUGUUAGCACCUUUCCUAUAGCAGGUCCUUCAUUAACCAUUUCCUUAAAGUGCCUUUACAGUCACAGUCUACCUUCAGUCAGAAAGUAUUUAAGUGAGGCCUGUUCUCUUCCCUACAUAUGGUGGCCCCACAUGAUGGAUAUUGCACUCUUUCAAAUAAUUUUUUCUACAGGUGCUUCAUUGUGCUCUAACAUUUUUUAGGUGUUUGCCAAAGGUGCCUGAUGCUUAACUUUUUUUUUUUUUUCUUUUUUUUUUUACACAGGACCUUUUUAUUGGUGCAAAAUCACAGAUUGUACGGUAUGUCAGUCACUUUUGGCAAACCAAUCUAAAUAUAGAAACCUCUUCAUGUAACCAUUCAUAGAUUGCUGGCUCUUUUUUUCCAGCCUUUGCUGCUUUUUGUUGCCAUUUUGCCUUUUUUUUCCUGUGCUAUGUAGACUGGGGAUUCUUGCAGGCAAAAUACUGGACAUGAGCCUAGUAUCCUACAGGUCCUGCCCAAGCUCACAUUCUGUAACUCUUUUUUGCCAAUGCCAAGUGAAGAGUCUUACUUGGACUCAAAAUAUUAACCAUCUGUUGUGCUCAAUGUCACUAGUUUAGUCCAAUGAAAUUGCGAAUGUGUCAGUGAUGACUGUGCAAAUGGUUAAUUAUGGAUAAUGAUUCAUAUGAAGACUAUACUAAUACUCUUUAUUGUAAACAAUUAUGCAAUCUCAUUCAUGUAGCAGUACAGGUUACAUAUACAUAGUCAAAUAAUUUAAGCCAUAAGCAUUUCACUGAUUGUUUGAGAUGCCCCUGCAUUUAAGAGGAGCUUACCAUCUUAUGAUGUAGGAACCCAUAUGUUCAACUCCUUUUUAAAGUACAAAGUACUAAAUGUUUGUGUGGUUUCAUUGUUUUUAGUAAUUUUUUUCCUUUUUAAAUAAGUAUUUUAUGAUCUUAGUAAAUGUCUUGGCUUCCUUUGGAGUAGACAAUGAGUACACACUAGGUAACAGAACCGUAGACCCUAGGGAAAGCAUUCCCACAACCAACCAAUAGUGGGCAUAAUUUGUACCUUUUUGUCAUUACUAUAUAUCUGUUCCUAAUACAGUGAUUAUAAAUGCCCAGUAUAUUUACCAAAAUAUAUCUUACUACAGGGCAUAAUCGAAACAUGGAAUUUCAUCUCUAAAAACAUGCGUAAUCUUGAAAUGCCAAAUCAUUUUUAUAUCUUAAACUGCAAAUAAACAUGUAUUACAAAUAACUAUAUUUUAAUAUUAAUGUUUUAAUAUUAUUUGCAUGUUUAUAAAAACGUAAAGUGGUUGGUGGGCUUUUCCUGACUAUUUUCCUGAGGCUUUUCCAAUGUUGUUGUGUCAAACUUCCUAGAUAGCUAGCAGAUUUCUUUCAAAUGGACACUGUCAGAUUCAAAAACUUUUUAUAUGUUGUACAUCUUGGCAAAACAUUAA